AUGGGAUUUCACCCAUUUGAAGUCUCGGCCGCCCACUUGGCGUACACCUUCCUAGGAGGGUUCGUCGUGAUAUUUGGUAUGCUGUCCCUUUUUUUGAAGGAGAAGCUUUAUAUUGGUGAAGCACCCAUUGCGACUGUUCUGGGUAUCAUCAUUGGACCACAUUGUCUCGGAUUAUUUGAUCCUGCAGGAUGGGCAGGUCAGAAGGAUGAGAUAACGGAUGAGAUUACACUGGAAGUCACCAGGGUGGUCAUUGCUAUAUCUGUGUUUGCGGUAGGAGUGGAAUUGCCAAAAGCCUAUAUGAAGAGACAUUGGAGAUCCCUGUUCUUCCUACUAGGACCAUGCAUGGUAUGGGGAUGGAUGGUCUCGGCGCUUCUCAUGUGGGGUCUGAUCCCAGGUCUCCACUUCCUCGGUGCAUUGGUCAUCGCAGCAGGAGUAACGCCUACCGAUCCUAUCUUAGCCCAAGCGGUUGUUGGUGGAAAGUUCGCCGACAAACAUGUUCCCACCCAUAUCCGACACCUUCUUUCAGCUGAGUCAGGAAGUAACGAUGGAGCAGCCUUCCCGUUCUUAUACAUCGCCUUGUACUUGAUGCUCGACAAAAGUCCAGGACAUGCUGUUGGAGAAUGGUUCUACAUGACCUGGUUGUACGAAAUCGUCCUUGGUGUGACAAUCGGUAUAAUUCUUGGUUUCACUGCUCGGAAGUUCAUGAAGUUCGCGGAAAGAAAGAGGUUGGUCGACAGACAGUCUUAUGUGGCUCAGUAUGUCAGUUUAGCUGUUUUGUCAAUGGGUGGUACCGCACUUCUAGGUAGUGAUGAUUUGUUAUGUGCCUUCGCAUGUGGUUGUGCUUUCGCUUGGGACGGGUACUUCAAUAAAGCUACGGAAGAUGCUGUGUUCUCGAACGUUAUCGAUCUGCUUUUCAAUUGUGCUGCAUUUAUCUAUAUUGGAGCUAUUAUUCCAUUUGGAGAAUGGAAUACUCCGGAUCUCCGUGUAUGGCGACUUGUGGUCCUUGCUAUUCUGAUCUUGAUGAUUCGUCGUCUGCCAGCCAUUGUUGGCCUCUACAAGUUCAUCCCAGAUAUCAAGACUUUCAGAGAAGCUAUUUUCACAGGAUGGUUCGGUCCCAUGGGUGUCGGAGCUAUUUUCAUUUCGACCUUGGCUAGAACGAGUAUACCUGAGGGUGAUGUUGAGAAGGAUACCGCCCAAGUAGAACGUGUGCGCGAAGUCAUCGGUCCUAUUACAGCGUUCCUGGUUCUCUCUUCGAUUGUCACCCACGGUCUUUCCAUUCCUUUCUUCUCACUGGGUCGACGAGUGCAUUCGAUCACCUACACUCGAUCUCGUGGUCUUUCGAUGGAUCAGCGGGGCGAUGAGCCGGCAUGGACUACGCACGCUCGACGUAUCUUACCAGGGCAGCAAAUCACCAUCAAUCGUGAUGACGAUCCCGAAGAAGGUGAUAUGGGAGUGAGGCGGAGAGAUACGCUUCAUGAUGGAUUUAACGGGGAGAAGCUUGGGUCACAAGAUAGCGGUGGCAGCUCAAGCUCAAGGACUGUUCCUCACGGCGAAGAAAUCGAGAUGCGGGAGCAGUAUCAGGGUAAAUUAGAGCCACAACAGGAAGAACCACAUGAAGGCGAGGCCGCAGAGCUGGGUCGACGGCGUUCGACAGAUAGCGGAGCGUCCCGGACCAGUCGUCGCUCACGACUCUCUAGGACGAGUAGGAGAAGCUCGGUGGAUAGUCGAGGAUGUCAUGUUGAAGGCACAGACGAUGAGCAGGAAGACGAAGAAGCUCGAGGAGACAGGGAGAUAGAUGACAAAGCAGGAGAGAGGACACCUCCUCUCGCUCAAUACCGUGAAGGUCACCAUCUUGUGAUCGAAAGAAAGAAAAAGGGUAGUGAGGAGGUCGAAGUCGAGGUCAUCCGUAAUCACUUCAGUGACGAUAAGCCAAGCGAAAUGGAUACCUUUGUCCAUCCUCAUCGACUCAAGUCCAAAGAAUUGGACAAGAUGCUUCAUAUGCUACCGAAAUCGCUCGAACAUGCCACAUCUCACGUCCGAAACGAAGGUAAAGAAGCGGUCGAUCGACUUGGUCUUGGUCUUAUGCGAGGCGCAAGUACGCCUAGUGUACUGGAAAGUGAGAAUCAACUCGAGCAAUCGAUCUCGGCUCAAGGUAAUCAAACUCAAGCUCAAGCUCAACAAAAUGUUAACGAGGAAGCUGUAUCUGAUACUGAAGAAGCCCCAUCUUCUGGAAAUUACCAAUCAUACAACAAAAUACCAGCAAUCAAUGUUCAUAGCGGAAGCGGAAGCGAGAGCAAGAGCAAACGAAAAUCUAUCGCCGCCAGGCUCUUCGGAAGGAAGUCCAAUGAUACCGAAAACAUUCCAUCAAAAGCAGAAGAAGGUCUGGCUCCUCCUAAUCCGACUUUACUUGUCCCACCAUCGAAAUCUGAUAUCUCUAGACCGGUCCCCAUAGUGAGCUCCCCUGAACCGAUCGAUGAAGGAUCGCGCAGUGGCUCGUUCGGGGUACCCUUGACAAGGACUAUGUCGGCGUCAAGAAGUCCAGCUAUCCGCUUCGCACCUGACGUUGAACCUUCCUCUGAGACUGCUCCGACGAUCAAUAAUUAUGGUGCAAACGCCCCGGGAUUCAAGAAAAACCCUAAUCUCGCGAUGUUCAGAUCUGCUUCCAUACAAUCGACAGGAUCCAACAAAGGUGGUGAAGGUCCGAGUGUAUCGUUUGUGGAACCGGACAAGCAGCGGUAA